CUGAGCACUGUCGCGCGCGGAGGCCUUCCAUUGCCACGCAGCUGUUACGCGGUGUGAAAGGGGGUUGAAAUCCUUCCUUCCCAGACGUUUUUCUUCUCCACAACCGCUUCGCAGGAGCACAAGACGAGGUGCUGCCUCAGCCAAUUCUCGCGGUUGUCGCACAUGAGGACGUAAACUUAUGUAAUAACAAUCAAUAAGUCUGCAUUCGAAGAGACACACAAAAUUACAACCACCCGUUCGCCUCGUGAGGAGAAUACAAGUGACAACGGAGAAGCCCCAGAGAGUGUUGAGGGAGUGUUUCAGCAGCGGAUGAGGGAGGAAAAUACGAGAUAAUUGCGUGUACAAGUUUUUCCUCGAAGGCCCAGCAGAGCGACGCUAAAUUGUGCAGAAGAACCUCUUUGUGGACGAUCGUCAUCCAUCUCAUUCAUUGUCCGAGAAAAGGAGAAAACAGCAGCAGCAGCUGAGAAAGCCACAGAAUUCCUGGGACAGAAGAAGGUGCGCGCCAAAACGACAUCAGCCAUGUUUUCAAUGUGCUCAAAAGCCCUCCCGAAUACACCCACAAUUAGGACGAAAGUUGAUAGGACGGAAGUAACCACCAAUUAUGAUAAUAAUAAAGAGCAAUACGCAUCGACCGCAGGAAAACAGAUAAAGGGCGGAUAUUUGCUGAGAUACAAAAGACAAUUGCUGUGGAAUCGAUGGGAGGAAGAAUGGGUGGUUCUGUAUGAUGAUUCAACAAUGGCCUGGUUCACUGAGCCCGGAAGGUCAUCGCCGGCGGGCAAAAUCCUGGUGAAAGAGGCACCGGAAAUGCUCGCCAUCGCUCACUGGACGGGACAAAUCCCGCGGCGGCCGCCGCUGCCCGGCAACUGCACAGUGUCGCAGCUCAUUGCGCUGGGAUCGCGCCGCAAGAAGUCCAAAGUCUAUUGGAUGCUGGCGAAGUCGGAACAGGAAGUGGGUGAAUGGAUUUCAGCCAUUUCGAAGACGCUUCCGCCUCCGCCGCAAAUUGAAUUAAUUGUUGAUAAACCAAAUCUAAUAGGCGUCCUCAAGCGUCCGCUGGUGCGAAUCCGACCUGCAACAAGUUCCGAGAUAUUCGCACGGAAGACGAUGAGUGACAAUGGCGUUCACAAUCCAGCCGUGAGCAAUGAUGCAGCCGUGGCGGUUCUGAAGAAGAGCACUGGCAAUCAGGAUGAUUCAUCAUCACGUGGAUCGCUGGCAUGUGUUCUGCCAUGGGGGCACGGCUGGGGUUGGUCAACACUUCCCAACGGCGUAUGGAGUGGAGAACUCACAUGGUCACAAUGUGAAGACUCCUUCACACUCCACGCUCUGCCCACGAAUCACUGCACGAACUAUGCGGACACUUCCAUUGCUGGCAUCUAUCACACGGAUGUGGAGACUGGCAUAGAUUUCCAUUCGACAGGCGUUGAGGAGUUGGGCGUCGAGGAUUUUGACUACGCCAUGGAUUGUGGAGAUUUUCUCUUCUAAAUCCCAGGGCCACCAAGAAUUGGGGAUUUCCCGAGUUUCCCCCACAAGAGGAGGAUGGCGAAAAAAGGAGCGUAUUAUACUAGCCAAAAUGUUAGAUCACCACUGAGAAAGCGCAUUAUUCUCCCUUCUUCCCAACCCCCCCAAAGAAUCACCCUCCGUAGAUCAAUCGUCAUGUUAGAUUAGAGUCAAGAGAGAGAGUAAGAUGGAGUACUUCAUAGGAGAUAUUAUAUUGACAUUGUAAAAGAUUAUAGUGAGCAAUUUCAAUGGAGAACAUUAGAUGAGAGCCCUUUUUCAAUCUUCCAUGCGACCCACUUGGACAAAUGUGGCGUCUUCCCAGAAAGAAUUUAUUUUCAAAAUUUUAACCUAUGAGAAUUUUAAAAGAGAUUUAAAAAAGAAAAACAUUUUUGAGAAUAUGACCGAAUCGUGCGUGUGUGAGAUAUUUGACUUUUCUACAGCAAAAUAAGACCGAAUCCAUUUCAUACGAGCGUCUCCAGCUGGAAUGGAUCGCGUGGGAAGGUUUUGAACUGGAGAAAAAUGAGGAAGAAAAAAUGUCACAACCGCCAGAAAAUUCAUUUAUGACUGAAAAAAAAAAUUUAUAUUGGAAUAUUUACUUAAAUACCUUUACAGUUGUUUUUCUAUUUUUAUACGCUAAUAAAAAUGAUAUUUUUUAGAGAGAAAGAUUGCAUAACUGAACCACUUAUAGUGCGAGGAGACAUUUUCAGAUGAUUGUAGAGAGCAAGAAAUAAAAAAACAACCGAGAAGCAGAACCCAAAAAUUAAUAUUUAGUGGUGUAAAAUGUAUGUAUGAUAUACAAUACAUUCUUAGUGGCAGAACAUUAUGAAGAAAAAAUAUAUGCAAAUUGUUUAAAGAGUAUACAAAGAUGCUUCGGAAAGUCUCACCCUUCGUUCGUACAAAGGAUUUCCUCACGUCUGUACGCAGGGUAACACAGAGUAUUCUUUGAUGUUUGAAUACAAAGUGGAUUUUUUGGGCAUAUAUUGCAGCAUUAUACACCAGAGAAAGAAAAUAUAUUACUUAGUGUCAACCCUAGAUUAAUUGAUAAAAACCAUGAGAAAAGAAAAAUACGUGUAAAACAAUUCGUCAUGUUUAGUCGUAAUUGAGUAAUAGGCGUAAAAAAAAAUGACAAAGCCAUGAAUAUUUAGUGAAGAACCGAAACGAGAAUCGACGUUAAAAAAAACAACUUGCUAUAAACUGGAUAUAUAUUUAUUAGAGAAAAAUAAAAGAAACCCUCGGAAAAAAGCGUAAAUUAGUAUAAAUGUAAUCUGACGUCGUUUGUAAUGUCUAUAUCGAAAGCCCUACAAAUUUCCUUGUUUCAAACAAGAAAUUGACAAAGUUCUAAAAUAAUAUAUUAUAAAUGUUAUAAAGAAAAAAUCCAUGAAGACCAUUGUUUCAAUUCUAACUUGACACUAUAUAGUGAACAUCCACAGAAUAAUUAUAUAUGAGAUAAGAUUGUAUUUUUAGAAGAAACUUGUUAACACGGAUAACUUCUCAUGAGGCAGAGGAACAAGUAAAGAAAUAUCCAUGCAUGAAAAUAUAUACAAAAAAAUAUUGAAAGAAGAUUUAAAUGAAACGCAUAAUGUGAGAAAUAUUAAUGUAACAUUACGUGUAAGGAAAAUAUGCACUAAAAAAAAAUAUGACUUUAGUUAAUAAAAGACUCUAACAGUGUUAAUAGAGAGUAAUAACAUAUUAACAUCAAUUUUCAAUGUAUAAAAUCGCUGGUCGAUUUAUCAAGUUAUAUAUAUAGAUGUUACACUAAAAAAAAAGAUCAUCGUAUAUUUAAUAUUGAACAAUAUGAAAUGACGAAACUCUAUCACCUUAAAGUUAUUUUCUAAUUUUGUAAUAAGGUUACACAAUUACUAAAGUGACUUAGGGAAAAAAAAUCUAACAAUGAGAAAAUAUACUUUGCGAUGAUAAAACCGAUAAUGGAAGAUUAAAUGAAAUCCUAAAUCAAGCCCAAUGUGUUCACAAUUUAUCAGAGAAUAAUUUUUUCGUCAAAUUAACCAAAACAUAUAGAGAAUGUGAAAAAAUGUUGAUUAGACAUGAAUAUAUUUGCCAAGAUGCAAAUAUUUUUUAGCGAAACACACAAACACAAAUUUUGAGAUGAGAACAGAAAUGAGGGGUAGAAAACACGUUGGAAUAUACAUACGUACAUUGUAUGUCUAUAUUGUUUCAUUUUAGAAUGCAAAUCCAAUAUGUAAAUGUUAGAAAAAAAGGCAAAAAAAUCAGAGAGGAUAAUACCAAGGGGGAGAUAUCAUAGUUAAAAGUGAUGUACAGAUCAGCAGAAGUACUUGAGAAGUGGAAGUGUUCAAAAACUUACAAUCUUCCCUUCCUUCUUUGCUUCUUUUACUGUCUAACCAUCCCGAUUCUUUGAAUUUCUCUUCAGAAUUGUACGAAGAAACAAUAAUUUUCUAGGUUAUGUAACGAAUCACGGACGGAUUUAGUGAAUAUUACGCAUUCUAGCUCAACAAUUCUUAUCCUAAAGUCGCUAAUAUUACUAGUCAUUGACAGAAUUAAGCAUUUGAUGCCAAAAAACACUACAAAUUAUGUUGAAGUCGAACAUAACCUCUAAAAGAGUAAUGUAAGAUAAAAGAUAAAAGAUGAUUUUAACCAUCUAGAAGCUCCCAAUUGAGGUUUUUGAAGAUCUAUUAGUAAUAUUUUUGAGGUUAUGGUCUGAAAAGACGCUGAAAAGAGCGGUUUGAAGUAGAUUUUUACAGAAAUAUCGCAUGACACCUUAAGAUAUUCAUUACAAUUCGCAAAUUACUGUGGAAACAGUCUAAAAAUAUGAAGUGUUAGGAAGUGUUGCACAGAUUACGAACAUAUAAUCUCCCCCUUGGAUAAUCAGUGUUGCUUUUUGGGACAUUUUUUUUAAUAGAAAUAUCCUCCUUCCAGCUAUACGAAAUCAGUGAAAGAGAAUAUACGUACUCAUGCUGAAAACUUUUCUGCACUAACAAGAAAAUAAAUGUUUUUCAAAGCAAAAGGGGAUAACCAAUAUAUAAUACAGUGUACACGAAACUUACCGCAUUGUCAUGAAUUCAGUGGACAGCAUUUUCAAAGUGUGUAAAACGUUCAAAUGAUUCACCCCUUUGUGAGGAUUAUGAAAAAUAGCUGAAGGAAUGUUGAUUGAUGGAGGAAUAAGAAACAAUUGUGAAAAAGGAGAAGUAACAUUAAAAUGCGGGUCAAAUGUUCACAAACAAAAAAAAAACAA